CUGAAGCAUGAACAUUAUUAUUUUUAUAUUCAGAAACUGAAUCCGAUAAAGCAAGACGUGAAGAAAGGAAAGCUGCGUUUCGUGCACAACUGCUUUCCUCAUCGCGGCUACAUUUGGAACUACGGUGCGAUUCCACAGACCUGGGAGAACCCGAAACAUAUGGACUUCGAGACGCAGACGAAAGGGGACAACGAUCCGAUCGAUGUGUGUGAGAUCGGUGAUCGAGUUGCAAAACGAGGCGACAUUAUCACCGUCAAGGUUCUCGGCGUGAUCUGUCUCAUUGAUGAAGGUGAGACUGACUGGAAGAUCAUAGCCAUCGACAUAAAGGAUCCAAAUGCCCAGAAGCUAAAUGAAUGGUUCAGAAUAUACAAGAUACCGACUGGCAAGCCAGAGAAUAAAUUCGGCUUUGGUGGCCAGUUUAAAAACAAGGUACUUAACUAUGUAGCUACAGGCAAAUGCCCAUCAGGUCCAAAACGGGGAGAUGUGCCUCUUUACUCAGUUAGCAGCAGUUAA